AUGGCAACAAAAAACCAUGUUCGUUCUAAUAGUUUUCCAUCUCAAUCUCAUCCUAACUCAACAAGAAUAGAACAAGAGCUAAGUGAAAUCAAGACAUGGGAAACCACAUCAACAUCCACAUCUGAUUCAAUUACCACUGGCCUUUCUUUGCUUGAAGAUUUGUACACUUCAUUGGAAGGUUUUCUCAAUAUGGCAUCAACACAAAAGGCCAUUUCUCAGCAUCAAGGUGAGAAUUUUGUGGAAGAGUUGUUGGAUGGUUCCGUGAAAAUUUUGGAUAUUUGUGGUAUUACAAGAGACACCAUGUUAGACAUUAAAGAAAAUGUCCAAGCCCUUCACUCUUCUAUUAGAAGAAGAAAGGGAGAUUCAAGCAUCGAAUCAAGUGUAGCCGAAUAUAACUUCUUCACAAAGAAGGUGAAGAAAAAUGUCACAACGUUGAUCACAUCUCUAAAACAAAUGGAAAGUAAAUUUGGAGCCUCCACACUUUUGAACCAAGAUCAAGAAGUUGUUUAUGUGAUAAGAGUUCUUAGAGAGGUUAUAGUAAUGAACAUGUCUAUCUUUCAAUCCAUUUUGUCUUUCUUGGCUUCCAAGUCAAAGGCAACCAAAUGGAUGAAAAUGGCAAAGUUGAUGCAUAAGAGGACAAUAUCAUGUGAGGAGGAGAAUUUAAAUGAACUGCAGCGUGUGGAUGCAUCCUUAAGAACCCUUUUACGCGAAGGUUCUGAUAUUGUAAAGAUGCAGGUUGCAAUUGAAAGUUUUGAAGCUUUGGAGAGUGCAACUGAAGGGCUAGAGAAAGGUUUGGAAAGUGUAUUUAGGCGUUUGGUUAAAACUAGAGUUUGUCUUUUGAACAUGACUCAAUAG